AUGGAAUACCACUCUGUGCCGCUCGAGGAGCGCGCGAAGGACGAGAAGGGAAACACUCUGCCAUGGGGAUACAUAUACAAGGAUGAAUCUCGCAACCCUCGACGACCACCAGAAGAGACAGGCCCGUUUGGCAAAAGGAGAAAUACACGAUACGGCUCUACCAGGUCGGCGACGCGAACGGGGACGCCAGCUAAGCGGGAAAACCCGAAUGUUGCAGAGUUCGGCAGACUGUUCAGCCUUCAACAGGAGGAAGAAGCGCAGCAGAAGUUACUCGCAACUAACAACACAACGUCAAAUGAUUCAGCGGCCAGUAGAGCACCGACAGACGCUGUUGCGACUGAAUGUAUACUUUACGGAUACAAAGACAAGGGCGUUGAAUGGAGGGUCAUUGACAAGUUCGAGCGCAUCUCACUAGGCUAUAUCUGCGAAGACUAUUCCCGGACGGACCCUGAUAUCAACCCUAAGUACCCUCAAUUGCUGAGUGGAGGCGAUGUCGUUAUCCGUCCGAUACUUUCAGCCGAUGCCAAUAGAAAAUCGAAAAGAUAUGCUGGAGGAGCACACUGGAUCAAAGUGACCUUUGACUCUCUCACAGCUGCUGAUAGAGCCUGUCACUUCUCUCCGCAAGAAAUCGACGGCUGCCUUGUACACUGCGAGAUGUACCAUGGCCACGGACCACAAGAGGACGCUCCUAUUCUCAAAGCCGCCGUUGAGCAGCAGUCGCGACUAAACUCGAUCUAUCCAUCUCUCACGCCAUCCACUUCUUUCCAAACAAACGAAUAUGACCGCUCAUUUUCAUACCCGCAGCUCCACGCCGGUAUUCAAAACACUGGCUACGAUGUCCCUGCAUCCGUUCAAUCGACAGUAACGGCUAGCUCUGCCACAGUCAUGGGGCAGAACAAUCCGGACACAGACACCCUUCGUCAACGGCCCGGCUGGUCUCAGUCAAAAUCCGAACCCGAAUCCGAAACAAAACCAGCAAAGUCCGAAUUUAUGACCCAUAUACCCACAGUUCGACGGGCGGUUGUGCGUCCAGCAUCAGAAGCACUCCCUCCCCAGCCCUCAGUGACGGAAAGAGUGCUCCGAUCGAUACCGAUUCUGAGUUGGUUUACGGGGGACAUUGUUGGCGACGGGCCUGCUCUGCGAGAAGACGGCUCAUUUGAUGACCAAAAGUCAAAUCUCUACUGGCGAUUCUGGCACAUGGUCGACAUGGUACUGGGAACCGAUCUCUGCGGCCUCAAGGAAGAGAUAUAA